AUGCUCCGCAAUGAGAAGCGCCUGGAUUUCAUUACAGCAUUGGAGGAUAAACUUGUCAACGGUGUUCCUGGUUUUGAGCCGAUGGAAUCAAUGACAAGCAGUAAAAAGAUCAUACACGCCGUAACAAAGCAUUCGCUCAAUCGCCAUUUGGGAACAUUUAUAGAACCGCUAGAUGAGGAAUCGAAGUACGCACUUGCUCAAGUCUGGACGGAUGACCCUGAAUUCCACGAGGUUAUGUUGAAAGAUUCCGUCUGGAAGAUAUUUGGACGUAUAAUGUCUAGAACCUUUAUAAACGAUAAAGACUUUUAUCGAAAUCCAGAGUGGGUUAAUGCAAGUUCGGAGUAUGUCGAGCUAUCAGCAUUGGCGGGAUACGAGCUUCGAGGGUAUCCAAAAUGGGCUAAGCGCUGGGUCGCACCUUUUCUACCUAAUUGUCGGAAGCUUCAGUCCCUUUUCAAGCAUAUUAACAAACUCCUGGAGCCUUUGAAGGAAAAGCUAGAUCAGGAACCACCGGGGGUUGAUUCUACAGAUCCGCUCAGUUUCCUAUACCAAAAGACGGGAGGUCGGUUGGACGAGCUUGCGUCCAUGUUGAUUGCGCUCUGCUUAGUGUCAUAUGAUGGAGGAGGUGAACUGUUCACUCAUGUCCUUCACUCGGUUUUUACAAAUAGUCAACUGGUCAAUGACCUCCGUGCCGAGAUUGUGACUGUGAUUGGGAAAGAAGGGUUCAACAAGAAUACCUUACAAAACCUAGUGCUCAUGGACAGCGUGUUGAAGGAGGCCCAACGUAUGCAUCCUGAGUCUGUUCUCAUGAUGCAACGAAUCGCUGUGGAGGAGGUCGUUCUACCCGAUGGACUCAUUAUACCCAAAGGGACUGCACUUUUCGUCUCCGCUUGCCACAUUAUCGAUGCAUCGGUCUGGCCUGAUGGUGAUAAAUUUGACGGUUACCGAUUCUACAAUCUACGCCAGAAGGGAAAGCCAUCUACAUCCCAAGUAUCAUAUAACUUUACAUCGACAUCUCCAGACCAUUUUAGCUUUGGUCACGGAUCCCAAGCAUGCCCUGGAAGGUUUUUUGCAUCGUAUAUGCAGAAAAUACUGCUGUGUAAUAUUCUAAUGAGAUAUGAAGUUUCGGUCACUAUUCCUGAUGAAGGCGCAUGGUUUCAACGUGGGCAGACUCAUGUGGCUCAUCCGGGCCUUAAAGCCCGUGUUCGGCGACGGAAAGAAGAGAUUGAGCUAUGA